UAUAAUCCCAGGAACUACUCAACAUGGAUAGGUAGUUUCAAGUCAAAGAAUUGGGGAGGCUAGCUGUUCUGGACAGGGUUGCACUGCCUUUGAAGGAACAGGUGCAUAACCUGGAGAUGCUCCUAGAGCUGUCUUUGGAGGUUCAAGUGGCUUCCACAAGCAGUGCCUUUUACUAUCUCUGGCUGAUUUGCCAGCUAUUGCCAUCCCUGGACAUGGAGAGCCUUGACACAGUGAUCCAAACACUGCUGGUAACAGGGCCAUAGCUAGGGGGUGGUAAGGUGAGCCCCUGCCAGGGGCGCAGGCAAGGGGGCGCACAAAAUCAGCUUCCAAGACCCUCCGCUGGCCAGCACCCUGUCCAGCUAGCACUCCCUGCCUGCGGCCAAGCAGGACAAGGAAGAGGGCCCACACCAACUUCAAAGCUUACCUACUCCGGAGUCACUCCCUCCCUCAAGGGUGCCAACUUGAAUAAAAUAUAUUGGGGGGGGGCAGGUAAGCCCCGCCCUGUAUAAUUGACCACAAGAUGAAGCACAUGGACACUAUUUGAUUGACAAUGGCCAUUAACUGGGAGGGGGGCCCUCAAAUAUUUUUUGGGGGGUGUGAAGCAACCUUGGCCCCAAGGAGUUGGCUCCCAUGCCCUUCUCCCUAUUAAAGUGGGGUGCUCCCCACUUUAUGCAAUUUCACUUAUGCAGGCAGAGCCCCGGAACGUAACCCACGCGUAAGUGGGGAGACGGCUAUACAGUAUACCGUCAUCUAGGUCAGCCUUCCCCAUCUUGGUGUCCUUCAAUCAGAACUCAUUACAAAAAAAGAAUUCACUACAAGGUGAAGGGGGGGUGUUGGAGGAGAGGCAUAAAGAAGAGCUAAUUUGUUCAUGGCUAGGGGGCGGAAUCGGGUCGGUUCUGCCAGGGGUGCAAAAUAACCUACGGCUCUGGCUGUUAACCUUCGGAUUGGAAAAUUGUAAUGUACUCUGUGUGGACUGUCCUUGAAGUAGAUUCAGAAGCUAUAAUUAGUGCAGAAUGUAGCUGCUAGGCCUCAACUUGGGAGUGGCCUGCUGCAAACACUUUUUUAGAAUUGCACUAGCUACCUAUACGUACCAAGCGUGCUUGGUACUGGUUCUCCAGCUUUGGCCAUUCCUGGACCGGUGAUUCACACAUGGGUAACUUCAAGUCUGAUCUACUGUAAUGUGUUCUGUGUGGAGGUGCCAUUGCAGAACAGUAUGAAGAAUGCAGCAGGUAGGCUUUUCAUCGGUAUGACCUUCCGCAAACAAUUCUGAAAGAACUGCACUCGCUGCUUGCUUGCUUCAAGUUACUUGCAUUGGCUUAAAAAGCCUAUACAGUUUGGGGCCUGGACACCUGACAGAAUUCCUGUUCCUGUACUGACUUGCACAUUGUCAAGAUCUGCCAGUCUUGCCAUCCUUAGGUAAGCCCCACUUCUAUGGCAAUGUGAGGGAAGAGCCUUCUCGUUAGUGGCACUCCACUUUUCGAGCUCCUUUCCCUCUGAAAUUCCGCUGGCACCUCCUCUUUUGACCUUUCAGUGCCCUAUUCAAUUGAAAAGGGAGACCAGUACAGAAUGGCAUACUCGCUUAGGAGGUUUACAAUGGUUUCUGUGUCAACCAGUUCUUUUGCUUUUCUAAAACAAAACCUUAGAUACAAAAGCAUCUGCCACCUGCAAGAAACCUUAAUUUAUUACCACCAUCCAUUAAAUUCAUGAUUAGAGCCACUCUGGCUCCUCCUCUUCGCCUAUAUAAUUUGUUGCUCGGUUCUGGGCAACACAGACCAAAGUGGUGGUGGAAGCAACUGUAGAAUCUUUUUUUUUCUCCUGGUGCUUAAUAUCUGACAACUUUCAAGGUGUGCUUUCAUAUGGCAGAAUGGCUAAUCCCCAACAAUCGGAUGAGCUCAUUUUUUUUGUGAACGGAAGGAAGGUGAUAGAGAAAAGUGCCGAUCCUGAAGAACUGCUGCUUAAUUACCUGAGAAAGGGGCUCUGCCUCACAGGAACGAAGUAUGGCUGUGGAAUUGGAGGCUGCGGGGCUUGCACAGUGAUGAUAUCGACAUACAACCCAGACACCAAGAAGAUACGACAUUAUCCAGCCAACUCAUGCCUACUUCCUUUAUGCCUGUUGUAUGGCGCUGCAGUAACUACCGUGGAAGGAGUUGGAACUACAAAAACCAAGCUCCAUCCCAUUCAGGAAAGGCUUGCAAAGUGCCACGGCUCCCAGUGUGGCUUCUGCACUCCUGGGAUGGUGAUGUCUAUGUAUUCGCUCUUAAGAAAUAACCCCGAACCUACCAUGGAUCAGAUAACUGCGUGCCUGGAUGGCAACUUGUGCCGUUGCACAGGAUACAGACCUAUAAUUGACAGCUUCAGUGCUUUCUCUCCGGAAUCCUGCCCACUGGCAGGGAGUGGGAAAUGUUGCAUGGAUAAAGAUGGGAAAGAGAAAGAAGGUAAAGAGAAAGAAGGGAAAGAGGAACACUCGUGUUCUAGAGAAGGAAACCGGAUGUGCUCAGGUCUAUGCAAGCCUGAAAGAUUUCAUCCCAUUGACCCAACCCAGGAUUAUAUAUUUCCUCCUGAACUAAUGAGAUUGGCUGAAGAGAGCAAAGGAAAAACUCUGGUUUUCAAUGGAGAGAGAACCACCUGGAUUUCUCCCGUGUCUCUACAAGAGCUUGUCAACCUGAAAGCUGGCUACCCAGAUGCACCUCUUGUUGUAGGAAAUACAAGUGUAGGACUUGAUAUGAAACUUCUUUCUGUCUAUCAUCCCGUUCUCCUUCAUCCUACUAGGAUCCCAGAUCUGCAUGUUACUGAAGUUGGAGACAGCGGGAUCUUGAUCGGUGCAGCAGUCCAUCUUGCCCAGCUGAGGGACUUCCUAUUAACCAUCACCCCAGAACUCCCAAUGGAAAAGUCAAAGAUUUAUUGUGUGCUGCUGAAGCAACUGAGAACCCUUGCUGGAGAACAAGUUAGGAAUUUGGCGUCUUUAGGAGGACAUAUUGUGAGCAGAGGAUCGACCUGGGAUCUGAACCCCGUCCUGGCAGCUGGGAAUGCACUUCUCAAUCUGGUAUCAAUAGAUGGAUCACGACAGAUUCCCCUGAAUGAUGAAUUCCUUGCGCGCUUGCCACAGGCAGACCUUUCACCAAGAGAGGUCAUAGUCUCUGUUUUUAUCCCUUUCUCCAAGGAAGAUGAAUUUGUGUCAGCAUUCCGACAGGCUGAGCGCCGAAAAAAUGCAUUGUCUGUGACAAAUUCUUCAAUGAGAGUCCUUUUCCAGCCAGGCACUGAUGUCAUCGAGGAGAUGGAUAUUUUAUAUGGUGGCAUUGGUCCUACUACAGUGAGCGCAAGAAAUACCUGUCAGAAGCUCAUUGGAAGCAACUGGGAUGAAGAGAUGCUGAAUGAAGCUUGCAGGCUAAUUCUUGAAGAAAUUAUUCUCUCUCCUUCAGCCCCAGGCGCAAAAGUGGAAUACAGACGAACUCUGCUUGUCAGCUUCUUCUUCAGAUUUUAUCUGCAAGUGCUACAAGGUUUAAAGAACAUGAAUCCAUCUAAGUAUCCUGACUUCCCAAAGAUACACGCCAGUGCUUUAGGCGAGUUCCGUGAGAAACCACCUCAGGGUAUGCAAAUAUACCAGGAUGUAGACCCUCAUCAGUCUCCUCAGGACCCAGUGGGGCGUCCCAUCAUGCACCAGUCUGGUAUUAAACAUACCACUGGUGAAGCACACUAUGUCGAUGACAUGCCUCCAGAGGAAGGGCAGCUCUACAUGGCUGUGGUCACCAGCACACGCGCCCACGCAAAGAUUCUAUCCAUUGAUGUGUCAGAGGCCUUAGAAGAACCAGGGGUGGUUGCCGUGGUUACAGCAGCUGAUAUUCCAGGGAAGAAUGGUGAUGGAAAAGAGGAAGUUUUUGCUAGCGAAGAGGUACUAUAUAUCGGCCACAUUAUCUGCGGUGUGGUUGCAGAAUCCUACGAGUGCGCAAAGCAAGCCAGAAGAAAAGUGAAGAUAGAGUACCAAGAACUGGAACCGAUUCUGACCAUUGAGGAGGCAGUUAAGCAUAAGUCAUUCUUGACAGAAGAAAAGAAAAUAGAAAGAGGAAACGUUACAGAAUCAUUUAAGAAUGUUGAGAACAUCAUUGAAGGCGAAAUCCAUGUCGGAGGGCAAGAGCAUUUUUACCUGGAAACAGACAGUGUGUUUGUCGUUCCAAGAAAAGAGGAUAAGGAAAUGGAUAUAUACACGUCUACCCAAUUUGGUUCGAGAGUCCAGCAAACAGCGGCUUCAACAUUAAAUGUUCAAGCCAAUAGGAUCAUGACCCACACAAAGCGAGUUGGCGGAGCUUUUGGGGGAAAGAGUACAAAACCUUCAUUUUUUGCCGCAGCUGCAGCAGUUGCUGCACAUAAAACUGGCCGCCCAGUCCGUUUUAUCAUGGAGCGAGAUGAUGACAUGCUAAUACCUGGAGGUCGACAUCCUCUUUGGGGGCAAUAUAAAGUGGGAUUCAUGAAUGACGGCAAAAUCAAAGCUGUUGAUCUUUUGUUCUACGUAAAUGGUGGGUGUACACCUGAUGAAUCAGAAAUGGUAAUAGACUAUGUUGUGCUAAAGAGUUGCAACGCAUAUGAUAUCCCCAACUUCCGAAGCCGUGGAUGGGCCUGUAAGACUAACUUGCCGUCGAACACUGCCUUUCGAGGAUUUGGAUUCCCACAGACAGCCCUUUGUGCAGAAACAUGGGUGGCAGCUGUGGCAGAUCACCUUGGCAUGCCACAUGACCAGGUUCGGUGGAUGAACAUGUACAAAGGAGUAUCUGAGACUCCCUACAAAGAAGAGGUUGAUGCUACAAAUCUUGUCGCAUGUUGGAAAGAAUGCCUGGAGAAGUCUGAUUACUACAAUAGGAGAAAAGCAGCAGAAGAAUUUAACAAGCAAAACUACUGGAAGAAGAAAGGGAUUGAGAUUAUUCCUAUGCUGUUUUCGGUUGGAUUUAAUACCACAUAUUACCACCAGGCUGCAGCUCUGGUCCACAUCUAUUUGGAUGGGUCUGUGCUGGUGUCCCAUGGUGGAGUGGAAAUAGGACAAGGAAUAUACACCAAGAUGUUACAGGUUGCCAGCCACGAAUUGAAGAUACCAUUAUCUUACAUACAUCCUUAUGAAACAACUUCAGUAACAGUACCUAAUGCGAUGAUCACCGCAGGAUCAAUUGGCACUGAAGUCAAUGGGAAAGCAGUCCAGAAUGCCUGCCAAAUUCUCCGGAAGCGGCUAGAACCAAUAAUGAAGAAAAACCCUCAGGGGAAAUGGGAAGAUUGGAUUAUGAAAGCUUAUGAGGAAAGCAUCAACCUCUCAGCUUCAGGCUACUUCAAAGGAUAUGUCACCAAUAUGGACUGGAAGACAGGAGAAGGCCACGCCUUUCCAUACUACGUUUUUGGUACUGCUUGUUCAGAGGUUGAGAUUGACUGCCUGACCGGUGAUCAUAAGAACAUCCGAACAGACAUCGUCAUGGAUGCCUGCUUCAGCAUCAAUCCAGCUGUUGACAUAGGACAGAUUGAAGGUGGCUUUAUGCAGGGACUUGGACUUUAUACGAUGGAAGAAAUAUACUUCUCCCCGGAAGGACAGCAGUACACGCUGGGUCCAGACACAUAUAAAAUUCCUGCUGCCUGUGAUGUCCCAGAACAGUUUAGAAUCUACCUCUUGCCUAAUUCAAGAAACCCAAUUGCAAUCUAUUCCUCCAAGGGUGUAGGUGAAGCUGGGGUAUUCCAAGCAUGCUCUGUGUUUUUUGCUAUACGGGAUGCAGUGGCUGCUGCCCGGAAGGAAAGAGGAUUACACCGUGUUUUCACUUUGGACAGUCCACUGAACAUAGAAAGGAUUCGCAUGGCCUGUGUUGAUCACUUUACAGAGAUGAUUCCAAAGGACAAGCCUGGGACCUAUAAACCAUGGGCUAUUGAAGUAGACUAAAUGUCCUGCUUUUCCGCCAAAGUUGCACAGUUGUGAUCGCUUUUGUAUGUUCUUCCUGAUCAGAAGAGCAAUCACAGUCUAAUCACACACAAGGACAACAAUAUUAAUUUCAGCUGUAUGACAAGAUUUUUUAAAAAUUAUAUUGAUGUACAAAAUCUGUGAAUUUCAGCAGACUCAAGCAUAGGUGUGGUAAAAGGGAUAAGAACAUGUAAUUCCAAACUGUCAGAAUUAGCAACUAUAUCUACACCUGUGAUUUGUGUUCAUUUUGUAUUGUAAUGGCCAUUGACAUCUACACCUGUAACUGUAGGCAUAUAAAAUGCUGUAAAUGGGUGGCUGCCUACCAGGCACACAGAUACACCUCAGCUUUUAUUCAGAGGCGUUAGAGGGGGGUGAGAUUGUUGGUUUGGGCUUUGAGGAUCAUGUGGGUGUAGGGAGAAUCAUUUAGUAAAUUUUAGGGCACAGGGGAGUGUGCUGAAGUAUUCAUUUGGCUUAUACAUUCUGUCCCUUGCCAGUUAAGCAGGCCUUCUCCUGGAACUUGCCCACAGACUUGGUAUUCAGUUAACCUUUACUCAGAGUAGACCCACGUAGCAAUAUCUCUUGUUGAGGAAACUGAAAACUCCCAUCAGCAGAAAGUGACAACAUGCUGCCAAGGUGUGUGGUGGAGGCGAGCAACUUUUACUUGCAAAAUAGGAACAACUCUGGACUACAUUGCAAGGCUGUCAUAAGCCACUGAUCUGUUCCUCAACCUGAACAUACCUGGGGCGGGGUAUCAGACCCAUAAAAAGCGAAGCAGUUAGCUGGAAAAAUAAUGGUCAAGUACUUUUAAAGCAUUAACUUUAAUCAUUUAUUAUCCUGAUGAUGAUUACCUUUGCUCACAUAAUGAUUCGAGAAUGUUUUCAAGAGGUCUGACACAUAUGCUAAUAAAAAAAUAAAAAAUUGUUAUUAUGAAAC